UUAGUUCUGUUGUGUCUUGUGUCAAACUGUAAAUUACAAUCAUGCAGUUGGUUUCAAAAUUUAAUCACUAAUAAUUAAAAAUUAAAUAUAAUUCUUAACUUAACCCUCAUGAUUUGAUGUUAAAAUAAUUUUAAAAUGGCUUCUGUCGAUUCUAAAAUUGAAGAGCAGUCAGCGGGUCACACUAUAUUGGAGAAGAUAAAUGCCAUUAGUGAUAAUAUAAUUACUAAGGCUCCGGAUAUAAAUGAUUUCACUAUUGUGAAACCUAUCAGUCGAGGCGCAUUUGGUAAGGUGUUUCUGGCCCACAAGAAAAACAACAAAGAACUUAUGUAUGCCAUCAAAGUUAUGAGGAAGUCUGAUAUGAUAAACAAAAACAUGGUAACUCAAGUGGUUACAGAAAGGAAUGCUCUGGCUUUAUCAAGGAGCCCAUUUUGUGUACAUUUGUUUUAUUCAUUGCAGUCAUUGUCUUCUGUGUAUCUGGUCAUGGAAUACAUGGUAGGUGGUGAUCUGAAGUCACUGCUAGGAAUGUAUGGGUUUUUAGAGGAAUCCAUGGCUGUGUUCUAUAUAGCAGAAGUGACUUUGGCUUUAGAUUACUUGCACAAACACAAUAUCAUACACAGAGAUUUGAAACCAGACAACAUGCUGAUUGCUAAGAGUGGUCAUGUUAAGUUGACAGACUUUGGUCUGUCUAGGAUUGAGAUCCAUAGAGAUUUGGAGAUCUCCGAUUUUGUAAACAGAACUCCGAGCCUUAACUUGCGAACCCCUGGGCAGCUGCAGUCUCUGACGUCUCACCUGUCGUUUGGCUCGGGAGGAGACAGGGACAGUACAUACAUCUCGGUCACGUCCAUGGAACCCUGUGAGAACCUCAUUGAUGAGCUAAAAGAGACGUGUAAAUCAAAGGGACUAUUUGGUGAAAUAGGAGACUUGAAAACCGGGAUCCUGGACCACUCUCAGCUCUCAGGCAUACACCCUUUUAUGAGUGCUGAGAGUAUUAAUUUGGAUGACGUGAUUUCUCAAGACUCAGGUUCCGAAUCAUUAAGCUCCUACCACACAUGCGAGAGCUCAAAGACCAAUUCGUCCAGAGAUAACAAGUCAACUGAUAUAAGCAACACUGCAUCCUCAAUGGAAGAGUCAAUUGUUUCUGCUGAUUCUCAACAUGAUCAGUCAACAUCACCACUGUGUAGAGGACAUUCUUUGAAAAGGAUACCUAGUUUCAGAGCAAAGAAAAGGAAAAGAAUUUUGGAUGUCGAUGGCGAUACGCCUACAGGUGUGACGAGCCUCGCUGAGUCUAAGGAGAACCACAGUGGGCUCACACAGGAAAUCAUGGCGCUCGAGGUUAGCCAGAAUACGCCUAAGCGGAUAUCCAUACAUCCCACGCCAGAAAGGCGUAAGAACCCAAUCAAAGGGGUUUUAAAAAAGAGAUGGGUAUCUCAGAAUGACAGCCAUCAUUUUAACGUUGGCGUCAUAUUUUCAACACCCGUAUCGAAUGCAAAAUCACCAGAUGGCAAAAAGAAACAAAAAGCUACCCGAUUCAACUUACCCAAGGAUGAUCAACCAAUGUCAGGGACUAAGGAAAAGGCCAUCGUAUUCAGUAAAUAUAUUUCCACUAGCUUAGAAAUAUUUCCUACUAGGAGAAUGAGUAAGGGUGAAGGAAAUCGGUCGCCCACAGAGUGCAAAACGCCUCUAGCAACAGCCCAGACACCGUACAGGACACCAAAGAGUGUUAGGCGUGGAAAUCAGGUCUCUGAUCAAAGGAUUCUCGGAACUCCGGAUUAUUUGGCUCCUGAGCUUUUACUGAAACAGGGCCACGGGCCUCAAGUGGACUGGUGGGCGCUGGGCGUAUGUCUGUACGAGUUCAUGACCGGCGUACCGCCGUUCAACGAUGAAACGCCACAAGCUGUUUUCAAAAACAUUUUGUCCAGAAAUCUUGAAUGGCCGGAAGGCGAGGAAGCUCUAUCAGAAGAGGCAGUGGGUGCCGUGGAGGCGCUCCUCACCAUGGAGCCCUCGGACCGGCCCGCGGCCGCCGCGGUCAAGAGCAUGCCUCUGUUCAGAACCGUGAACUGGGAGAACCAACUCAACGCCGAGCCACCCUUCGUGCCUACUCCCGAUGACUUGCAUGAUACUGGAUAUUUUCAAGCCCGCAAUAUCUUGCAGCAGCUACACGUGUCCAACUUCGAUAUGUAAUUUAGUGAGUGUUAGUGUUGUUUAAAUGUUAGAACCUGAAAAGUAAGGACUAGCAAAAAAAUAUUUUAGUAACAAAAGUUUUCAAGUAACAAUGAAUUAGCCCUGCUACCGGUCUCACAUUUAUGAGAGAUCAGCUGUGAUACUGUAUCAGGUAAGUUUUACUUAAUUAUGGUCGAAAAAGUUUAA